CAAUCGUGUCUCAACGCAACGUGUAAAUGCGGAACGAUGGGCAAGGAGGGGAGGGGGCUUGGGCUCCGGUCGUCAGACACAUCGGUCCUGAUGGGCUGAAUUGUCUGUAGAAUGGAUCUGACCAUCGCAUCGCAUUGUGCGGUGGUGGUAGUAGUGGUAGUGGUCGGGGACUCUUCGGCGAAUGGCCUUAAAGCCGGCGCUGCUGCCUCCGCAAAAUUCUGACCCCUCGACGAUGGUUGGGUUAUGUAACUUAGUUUAAAGUCCACGCACACACGUCUUCUUUCUCUUCCUCUUCCUUCCUCCCACCACCACCACCACCGUCCGUUGCAACUCCAGCAAUCCACUACCACGACACCGUAGCCCAUCUCCAUCUGCCCUACCCAUCCGCCCCUGUCCGGCCAUCCGCUUGCCGCCCCUCCAUAUUGUUCCCGUAGCAAACUGCGGCUUCCCCUCCUCGCCUCUCUCCCACCACCCAACCCGCCUACCUUCCGCCAGCCGGCGCCUUGUACAAGCACCAAACUCGCCCUGCGUCUCCGACAACUGCAGUAUAUGUAUUCGCCCCAAAGCCACGCUUUCCGUCUCGAUCCUCCCCCCGAUCUGCAAUCAUUUCGCAGUACGCGGAAACCUAGCAGUGUCCAUCACUCCACCAACGGCUAGCCCAUCUUGCACCACUCCGUCCCUCUGCAUUUACUGCAUGUCUAACGAGGCCCUUAUACCUUCACCCCAUUUCCUUGCACCUGCCUGUUCGCUGCACCUCAAAUAAUCAAAAAACCCUGCCUACCACCCGCCACUUCUUCCCAGCUACCACCCAACCGCAAACAUGGCUACCGUCAACGUCCGCCGCGAUGUCUCCGACCCCUUCUACCGCUACAAGAUGGAGCGCAUCCAGUCCAAGAUUGAGGGAAAGGGCAACGGCAUCAAAACUGUCAUCGUCAAUCUGAGCAGCGUCGCCGCCUCCUUGGCCCGCCCUCCAGCCUAUGUCAUCAAGUACUUCGGCUUCGAACUGGGAGCCCAGACCAACAACAACCCCAACGACGACCGCUGGAUCAUCAACGGUGCCCACGAUGCCAGCAAGCUCCAGGACUACCUGGACGGUUUCAUCUCCAAGUUCGUCCUCUGCAAGUCGUGCAAGAACCCCGAAACCGUCAUGGAAUUCAAGGAUGGCCACAUUAUGCUCGAUUGCAAAGCCUGUGGCAAACGCUCCGACGUUGACAUUCGCCUGAAGCUCAGCGGCUACAUCAUCAAGAACCAGCCCAAGAAGGGAAAGAAGGACAAGUCUACCAAGAAGGCAGAGCGCCGUGCCCGUAAAGAGGCCGGCCUCAAAGACGAUGACACCCAGAACGGCAACAGCCCCAACGACAGCGCUUCCGACCACGCCGAAGAGGAUGGCGACAUGGAGAUCGCAGCCGGCAGUGACGACGAAGUCACUCGCCAAAUCACCGAGGGCGCAAAAGAGCUACACAUCAAGGAGCAAAGCGAGAAGGAGGUGGAAUGGGCCACCGACUUCUCCUCCCAGGCUGUCAAGUCCCGCGCUGAGGAUUUGCCCGAAGACUUGAAGCGUGCUCUCGUUGUUGAAGAUGAGGAUGGCGACGCUGAAGGCGGCGGUUCCAGCGCUUAUGAUCUGUUCGGAAAGUGGGUUCAGUCCACCGCCGCUGAAAAGGGCGGUGUCGACAAACUCGAGAAUGUCGACAUCUACCUCAAGGCCAAAGAGAUUGGCAUCGAGAACAAACAUCGCACCCUUACUGUGCUCGCUCAGACCAUCUUCGACGAGAACAUUGUCAAGCAGGUUGCCCCCCGUGCAGGCAUGCUGAAGAAGCUCAUCACCUCGGAGCGUCACGAGAAAGCCUUCCUGGGUGGAACCGAGCGCUUCGUCGGUGUCGAGAAGCCUGAGCUGAUCCCCUUGGUCUCGGCCAUUCUUGCCAAGUACUAUGAGCACGAUCUCGUGUCCGAUGAAGUUCUGAAGCCGUGGGGCUCCAAAGCUAGCAAGAAAUACGUCGACAUCAAGACCAGCAAGGCUGUGCGCAAGUCAGCUGAGAAGUUCAUGACUUGGCUCAACACUCCCGACAGUGAUGAUGAGGAGGAGGAGGAGGAUGAGUCCGAGUAA